UUUUUGAGUCAUUUCUCCCUACCAAACACGCCCUUCCCUUCUCCUCCCUCCCUCUACUCUUCUUCAUUCAUGUCUAACUUUUCAGUUAAACCCUUUUAUUUCGCACUUGUCAAUUUCAUCAUUAUCAAAUAACCUAAUCCCAAACACAACACAUUUCAACGCAUUUCGCAAUUUAAAUAUUCCCCUCUUCGUGGGGUUCUCUUAAUCAAAUCCAUUCCAUUCUCCCAAUUUCUCAAAUUCGAGGGUUCCUACUUCUUACAUGGAUCAACAAGACGAAGAAGCGAUUGCCACGAAGCCCUCGAAUUCGUUGAGUUUUCCAUCUCUAACACACUCCGCCUGCCUCGAGAUUCGUCUCUUCUAUGUCAGAAUCUCCCCCUGCCUCGUCGACACGCUCCCGGACCACCUCACGCUCUGCCUCCCGCGCCGCCACGCCGCCGUCUCGCUCAUCGUGAACGCUGCCCCAGUCCCCGCCUCCGCCCCCACGACCCUCCCCCUUCGCCGCGGCCGCGUCGACCGCCACGCCGCCGAGGUCACCUACGUCGCCACCGACACCGUCAGCCUCAGCGGCAGCGCGGACUUCGAGGUCUACGAGAACGACAAGCUCUUCCUCUGCGGCUCGCUGGAGCGCCUCGACGCCGAUUGGGGAGCUGGCUCGGCUCCGGCUUCGGCUUCCGGGUGGGGCAUGGACUGCCACGUAGCGGCAGGCUCCGCCGGGUCGGGGUGCUCCGCGUUCUUCGGGCCGCGGCUCGGGGUUUCCGCACCGUCGAUCGAGGUCUACGUUGCCGGGUGCUGCUCCGGCGUGCCGGUGAUUCUGAGCAAGACGAUUCAGUUGAGUCCGAGGAAGAGAGUGCCGCGGCAUGCCACGCUGGAUGCUAUACCUGAAGAUGAAGAGAUGAUGGUGUUGGAGAAGAACCGUGUCAACGGGUUUGUUCCAAACCACAAGUUACAGAUAACAGACUCAGAAGUUGAUGAUUAUGAUUCUGAUGGGAAGAUGGGGAAUGGUUUCUACUGUCAAGAGAUGUAUCUCAACGAGGAUGGACAACUCUCAUGGUUCAAUGCUGGUGUUAGAGUUGGUGUUGGAAUUGGCCUUGGGAUGUGUGUAGGGCUUGGGAUUGGUGUUGGACUGCUCAUGCGCUCAUACCAAACAACAACCAGGAACUUCAGGAGGAGAUUUUUCUAAACUGCUAUAAGGAAUUUGCUACUCUAGUUUAAUGACAAGCAAGAUAUGUUGGAGUUUUAAUCUAGGGUGGGACACCUCUGGAGGAAGAACCCAAAUUCUACAAGUCUAAUGCAUGAAGUGUAAGUUUUGUAGAUGAGUGGAGGUUGUGCUUCCUCUCUGUUUUGUGGCUUACUUGCAGAUACGUUCAGGUAGAUUUGCAGAUUUGCAUUUCUUGUAAAUUUUAUCUGAUCCUCGGACAACAAUAGAUAUCAAUAAAAGAGAAAUACAAUACAACAGCUUUGAGGAUGUGGUGUGCCAGCAGGAUCUGGUGUUAAGAGACCAGUAUAAGGUUGCGAGAGGUUUUGACUAGGAGCAUGUUCCAAGAUUUUACUGUUUGUUUGUUGGUUGGCUUGUAGAUAUAUUUUAUCAUUUAAUACAAAUUUUGAGCAGUAUAUGUUUCAGUCCCCAUGGUAAAUGAUUUUUUAAAACUAUCUUUACUUUAAUAAAUGUUAUAUUUUAUUUGCA